UACGCUUGAUAUGCUUAUCGCAAAUAUAUAUUGCCUGCCUGAUUAAUAUAAUUGUUUCACAUGAUUAUCUGCAGCAUGAAUAUGGCAAUUAAAAGCACAAAUGCGCAAGGGUCACAGUCACUUGCACUUCUGAUUUGCAUCCUCGCAAAUUUUGCGGUCAACAUCAAUGGAGCUGCUUUAAACGACAGCGUCUUUUAUUACGAACUGGCCACACUGCAACCGUCAGAAGCAACGAAUCUGCCCAUUUACAUUGUGCUACAGCAGGAUCAGGAGGAGCAUGCGAAAAUUGUAGACAUGGUGCGAUACGACAAGGGCAAACUCAACGCCAAGGCCACCAACCUGACUGCCAUCAGCUGGGCGCAUGCCGUCAACAGCCAGCAGUUGCUCGGCGAGUCACUCAGCAGCGACAUUGAUAUGAUUGAGGCCGAUAUUGUGCUGGGCAAGCUGAAUGGCGAGGGCCCAGACUUGCCGGUGAUGGCACAUCCGCCAGCAAAGGUCUCGGAUCUGACACUGGAGGACUUUCUGCAGCAAAUCAAGGUGUACAACGAGGAGAACGAGGGAGCCGAGAAGGGUGUCAAGUUGGACUUCAAGUCAAUAGAGGUGUUCGAGGGCUCCCUUGGAAUUCUAGAUGAGACCAUACCAAAGAUGACAUAUCCCAUUUGGAUAAAUGCCGAUAUAAUCAGCGGACCCGUGAAGCAAAUCAGCUCUGUGCCAGUGGAUCCGGCGCGAUUCUUUGCGGGCUGCAUGCGCUACAAGCAGGCCGUUCUCUCCAUUGGCUGGACGACCAAAUGGGGUGCCAAUUACCGCGAGGGCGAGUACACCGAGGAGCAGUGCGACGCAAUGCUGCAGGUCAUCAAUGACAACAACGUGACCUCUACAGGACAGCCCAUCACUUUUCCCGUCCGUGCCGGCAUUGCCGCUAAUAGCGCCACGCAGCUGCAUGAUCUGGUUGCUGCCGUGAAUGGGACCAACGAGUGCACUUUGACAAUUUGGUCGUCGGCCAACGACUAUGUGGAUGUGGCUCAGUUACGGAAACUUAUCUUCGGCUUCGGCUUGGAUCGUGUCUAUUUGGAUGUGCCCGAAGAGCUGUCCUCGCAAUUGGAUCUGGGGAAUACGGGACACGGUGCGAGCACAUUUAACUCCCUGGUUAGCUUUAGCUUUGUCAGCCUCUGUUUUUGGGCCGUCUCCAGCUGGCUGAAGAGCGUGUAAAGAAACUAUUCCUUCAUUUGUAUUCGUAUUUUUUUGUUUGUUGUGUUUUUUAUUCAGUUAUAUUUUCUUUUAGAAUUUGUUUUCUUACGUAUUCAGUUGAGGACGUUCGAUGAAUACGCGUUUUAGAUUUGUAUCACUUCAUUUCAAUUCAGACGCAAAUUGUCGCCACCUUGUUAUAUAAAAAAAAUAACUAAAAAAUACCGUUAUGCAUUAAAUUUAUACAUGUAUAUAAUAUAGUAUAAUAUAAAAAUACUUUGGAUGUGCGCAGUUUUAAUGUUAACAAGGGGAUUGAUAGCUUUCGACCUAGAAUAAUCACUCUUAAGAUGUUUAGUUUACUUACUAAAUUAGUUAAUGACUUUCACUUCUCUUUCGUUUUUGGCACUAAUAAAUAAAUAAUCUUAUCAA